AUGUCAAACUAUAAUAGUAUGCCGAGGUUGAAGAGAAGGGAGACGUGGAAACGUCGCAGUGGUCUGGACACAUGGUUCGGGCGUCCAAAGAAGGCGGGCCCGGGGAUCGAGCGAGGCUACGACACGGUCCCGAGGGCGGAGCCCCGGGCUGAGGACGAUGAGCCCGCUGCGGAGUACACGAACAAGAUAGACGCCCUGGACGAUGACCAGCUCGAGCGAAGGUUCGAAGAGAUGCUUACUGAUAUGAAUAUCGGUGAGAAGAAAAAGGAACCACUGAGAAAGUACUCCAGAGAUCAGAAGAAGAAGAUGCUAGUUGCGUACAAAUUCGUUAACGCACAGGAGGGUAGAUCGAAAUUCGAAAAGCCAUCAGACUACGUAUCAUACUUGAACCAGCCAGAACUAUCAGUUGGCAAGUUACACAGCUGUUUAGAAAAUUUAAGGAUAGCCCUAACCAAUAACCCUUUGUCCUGGAUAGAGGAAUUCGGUACGAAGGGCAUCGAGAGUCUGUUGACGACGCUCAAUGUUUGUUAUACCAACGAUUCCCGCUACGAUCGCGUCCAGUAUGAAUGUAUCAGAUGUUUGUCGGCCAUUCUCAACAACACAGUCGGUAUCCGCGCAGUUUUCGAGUGUAGAGAGGCGUUACCCGUUCUAGCCAGAAGUCUGGACGCCAGGAAACCACACUGUGCUUUGGAGGCUGCGAAGGUCCUGGCAGCGAUAUGCCUGAUCCCCAAUGGCCACGAGAAGGUUCUGGAGGCGGUGACCAUGGCGGGGGAGUCCAGUCGCCGGCCUCGCCUGCUACCCAUCAUCGAGGGUUUGGUAGCCAAGGCGCCGGAGAGUCUGAAGAACGGUUGCAUGCAACUUAUGAACGCGAUCAUCACUGAGCCGGAAGAGUUGGAGUUCAGGAUGCAUCUACGAAGCGAAUUUAUGAGGACGGGACUCUAUGAUCUAAUAGAUGAGUUACGCGCCGGGGCUGAGGAGGGCGGUCGGUUGAUCCAGAUGAACGUCUUCGACACCCACGCCGCUGCCGACCAGGAGGAGUUCCUCGCUAAAUUCGACGAUGUCAGAGUGGACUUCCACGAUGUCAAUGAAUGCUUCGAGCUGGUCAAAAAUCUUGUGGUCGAGACCCCAGCGGAGCCCUACCUGCUGUCCAUACUGCAACACUUGAUGUUCAUAAGAGACGAUGAGCUCAUACGGCCGGCGUAUUACAAACUCAUAGAAGAGUGUAUAACGCAGAUAGUUUUACAUAAGAACGGUUAUGAUCCAGACUUCAGACUGACGCAGAGGUUCAAUAUCGACGUUCAGCCUCUGAUCGAUGGUUUGAUAGAGAAGUCCCGCGCCGAGGAAGAACGCAAGGUGGAGGAGCUGAAGGCCAAGCUGGAGGCGGCCACCGCGGCGCGCCAGGAGGCCGAGGCGCGCGCCGCCGGCCUGGAGCUGCGCCUGCGCGGUGGAUCCGGGGCGUCUGGGGCGUCCGGGGCGCCCGGGGCCAAGGCGAUUGGCAGCCCUGGAGGGCCGCCACCGCCACCGCCCCCGCCAAUGCCCGGAGGAGGACCGCCACCCCCACCCCCGCCCCCCAUGCCAGGCGCCGGACCUCCUCCCCCUCCACCGCCUCCCCUCCCCGGAGCGGGCGGUGCUCCCCCACCGCCGCCACUACCCGGCGCCGGUCCCCCACCACCCCCCAUGAUGGGCAUGGGACCCCGACCACCUCCACCGCCGGGCAUGGGACCCCCAAUGCCGAGAAUGCCCCAACCAGACGUAUUGCCUUACGGGCUCAAACCUAAGAAAAAGUGGGAGAUUGAGGGGCCACUCAAGAGAGCCAAUUGGAAGACCAUCGUGCCACAGAAAAUGUCCGAAAAAGCAUUCUGGGUUAAGGUACAAGAAGACAAACUGGCGUCUCCAGAUAUUCUAUCAGGUCUCGCCCAGAAGUUUUCCAGCAAGCCCGUCGCUAAGAAGAACGAAGAUGCCGUGGAUAAAGUCCACACCCUCAAGAAAGCGAAAGACCUGAAGGUCCUGGACAGCAAGGCUGCUCAGAACCUCUCGAUACUCCUCGGAGGCUCCCUGAAGCACAUGUCCUAUGACCACAUCAGGACUUGUAUCCUGAGGUGUGACACCACCGUGCUUACUGCUGAUGUACUGGAUCUACUUAUACAGUACCUUCCCCCUGCAGACCAGCUCAAAAAACUGAUGGAGCUGAAGUGCAAGAGUGAAGAUCUAACGGAAGCUGAGCUGUUCUCUGCCACUGUGGCCGAUAUCAAGAGGCUAGGGCCGCGGCUCCGGAGUCUGGCCUUCAGGGAACACUACGCCGAGAUCGUAUCCGAGCUCAAACCGGACAUAGUGUCGGGCACGGCGGCGUGCGAGGAGGUCCGCGCCAGCCGCAAGUUCGCCAACAUCCUGGAGCUGCUGCUGCUGCUGGGCAACUACAUGAACACGGGCUCCAACAACGCCGGCGCCUUCGGGUUCGAGAUCAGCUUCCUCACCAAGUUAACAUCAACGAAAGACCUAGAGAAUAAGCAGACCCUGCUUCACUACCUGGUGGACACCAUCGAGAGCAAGUUCCCAGAUGUGCUGACCUUCGCUGAGGAGAUGCCUCACAUCGACAGGGCAGCUCGGGUCUCAAUGGAGAAUCUCCAGAAGGCUCUGAAGAAGAUGGACAACGACAUCCGAGCCCUAGAGACUGACCUCAACAACAGCAGAGUCCCGCAGACUCCAGACGAUCUCUUCCAUGAGACCAUGAGCGACUUCGCCAAGGAAGCCAGAGAACAGUGUGACCUAUUGCACUCCAUGUUCCGCAAUAUGGAGGUUAUGUACAAAGAGCUGUCUGAGUACUACGUGUUCGAUCCGAACAAGUAUACGCUUGAAGAGUUUUUCUCAGACAUCAAGACCUUCAAGGACUCUUUUGCUACGGCGUACCAGGAGAACGUGGUGGCGCGGGAGAGCGAGGAGAGGGCCAGGAGAGCCCGGGAGGCGCGCGCCGCCGCGGAGAGGGAGCGGAGGGACCGCCAGCACCGGUACAAGCAGUUCGUGGACAUGGAGCGCGCGCAGGACGGCGUCAUGGACAGUUUGAUGGAAGCUCUGCAAAGCGGAUCUGCGUUUAGUCGUGAACGUCCGAGGAAGAAGGCCAACCCGAGAGUAGCGGGGGCUGAACGAAGAGCACAACUGAACAGGUCUAGAUCGAGAUCAGCGCUGACUGGUCCGCUGACGACGAGGGAACUGACGAAUGAGUUGCUGAGUAACGCGUGAUGGCUUUAACGGUGAUAUUAGUACUAUGAUGUAUAGUUUUUAAGAUAUACAGGAGGAGAACGUAAAUCGGCCUGUUUCAAUUGAAUAAUUUAAGUAAAGGUUUGUUUUGUACGAAGUUUGUAUUUGUAUUUAUAUAAUUAAAAGUAAAAC